AUGGCUAUCCAUCUUCCUCGUAUUAUUCAAGCUGAGCAAAUUCUUAGGUGCUCUGUAUUGACAUCUACUGCUGCCAUUUCAGCUUCUGUAGAUGUUCCAAGAGGCUAUUUAGCGGUUUAUGUUGGAGAAAGUAAAGAGAAGCAAUUUAUAAUUCACGUUGCUUACCUGAAUGAGCCUGCAUUCCAAGAGUUACUAACAUGCCAAGAUGAGGAAGAAUUUGGUUGUGAUCAUCCAAUGGGUGGUUUGACAAUCCCCUGCAGAGAAGACAUGUUCAUCAACCUCACUUCUCGCUUGGGCAGAAGUUUGAGUUAG